AUGUCCCUGCCUCUGGAUUUGAUCUCGGUGCUUCUGGGAUGGGCCUACGUGGUCUGUUGGGGUGUUUCACUCUAUCCACCAGUUCUUUUACACCGCCGAAUGAAGUCGGUUGAAGGAAUGUCUAUUGACUUUGCCUUCUUGAACUUCUUCGGCUGCUUGGCCUACAUGCUGUCGGUUGGAAUGCUAAGGUACUCAACAACCGUGCGGCUGGAAUACCAGUUGAGACACAAAAACCCGCCGCUUGUGCGAUUCAACGAUGUGGUGUACGGAGUCCACAGUUUGGUGCUUGUGGCCGCAGUGCUGUUCCAGUUCUAUUGUUCCGGAUAUCGGCGGUCGUCUGGACAGCACAUUUCACGCGGUGUCAAGGUGUUUUCGCUAGUCAUGGUUAUGGCCGGCUGUGCACUAUUGUUACAUGCUUGGGAAAUCUCCACAACGCGUCGACACUACGAACUGGUUGAUGUUGCAAAUAUAUUUGGCACUGUCAAAAUCUGGCUGAGCGCUGUGAAAUAUAUCCCACAGGUUCUGUACAACUACAAGCGCAAGUCCACACGCGGGUUCUCAAAAACAACUCCAAUUCUGGACGUUCUCGGUGCCUACUUUUCCGUUGCCCAGCUGGCUCUGGAUGCAUACUUGGCAGGUGACAUCACAGAUAUGUACAAGCAUCCGGUCAAGCUGCUGCUGUCGAUAGUAACACUGGUCUUUUCACUAGCUUUUCUUAUCCAGCACAGCAUCUAUCGCGAACGGACUAUUCCGUUCCAUCACGAGAAAAACUACGAGGCAGAGAUUUAG